UAAGGCUCUGAGAGAGGAUUUUUUAUUUAUUUUUUUUUUCUUGAAAAUCUAUUUUGGAUUUUAAGGGCAUUUAUCUGAUAGAGCGAUAAACCGGGUGUUGGAUCGCAAAAAUGUCAACAACCUUUCCGGGACUGGUUCACGAUGCGGAGAUACGUCAUGAUGGAUCUAACAGCUACCGUUUGAUGCAGCUUGGAUGCCUGGAAUCUGUGGCCAACUCAUCUGUCGCUUAUUCUUCGUCGUCGCCACUAACUUACUCCACUACAGGAACCGAAUUUGCUUCCCCUUAUUUCUCCACAAAUCACCAGUAUACACCACUUCACCAUCAAUCCUUCCACUAUGAGUUCCAGCACAGUCACCCGGCUGUUAACCCAGAUGCCUACUCAUUGAAUUCUCUUCACCAUUCCCAGCAAUACUACCAACAGAUCCACCAUGGGGAACCUGCAGAUUUUAUAAACCUUCAUAACGCUCGAGCCCUGAAAUCCUCUUGCCUAGAUGAGCAGAGGAGAGAGUUAGGGUGCCUUGAUGCCUACCGCCGGCACGAUCUUUCUCUCAUGAGCCAUGGGUCUCAGUAUGGCAUGCACCCAGACCAGAGACUUUUGCCGGGAUCGAGCUUGGGUCUGCCACCGCCGGGAGCCGACGACUUACAGGGGUCAGUGGAAACCCAGUGUGGAUUAGUCUUAAAUGGCCAAGGCGGAGUAAUUCGAAGAGGGGGUACAUGUGUUGUUAAUCCAACAGAUUUGUUCUGCUCCGUGCCAGGGCGGCUUUCGCUGCUCAGCUCAACUUCAAAAUAUAAAGUAACAAUUGCAGAAGUUAAAAGACGCCUCUCCCCACCAGAAUGCCUCAACGCGUCUCUACUGGGGGGCAUCUUAAGAAGAGCAAAAUCCAAAAAUGGAGGUCGCUGCUUAAGAGAAAAACUGGACAGACUUGGGCUAAAUUUACCUGCCGGAAGAAGAAAAGCGGCAAAUGUAACUCUUUUGACGUCUCUAGUAGAAGGUGAAGCUCUUCACUUGGCCCGGGACUUCGGUUACACCUGUGAAACGGAGUUUCCGACAAAAGCUGUGGGGGAGCAUCUAGCCAGACAACACAUCGAACAAAAAGAGCAGACAGCUCGGAAGAAAAUGAUACUAGCCACAAAACAGAUUUGCAAGGAAUUCCAAGAUUUAUUAAGCCAAGACAGAUCUCCGCUUGGAUCCUCGAGACCUACCCCCAUCCUUGACCUAGAUAUUCAGAGACACCUAACACACUUCAGCCUAAUCACACAUGGAUUUGGAACCCCAGCUAUCUGCGCUGCUCUCAGCACCUUUCAAACUGUUUUAAGUGAAAUGCUAAACUACCUAGAGAAACACUCUACAAACAAAAACGGUGCUUCACCGGACUCCAAUCAGAUUAAUACCAACUCUGAAAAAAUUCCUUUGCGGAAAACAACAGAAACCCAGUCUAAAGAUGGCAAAGUGGAAAAGACAGAGUAGAACAUGCUUGCGUGGUUGAAAGAGCUUUUCUGCUGCUGAAGAUUUUAUAGUUUUGGCACAAUGGACCAAACUCUCUAAGAAGACUGUACACAUGUAAGAUUGUAAAGAAUUCCACAUUUUAUUUAAAUACUGAAUGUUGUGCUUGUAGUAUUUUUUGUUCACCAUUAUACACACGAUAUUCUGCUGAAGUCCCUGAGUUUUAGAUAGCAUUCCCUUAAAGAUGGGUAUAUAGUUAUACAGUAUAGAGACAAGAGGGUCAAUGCUCUCUAACAGUUCACAAGAAAUCACUCAUAUACAUGCCCAUUUUAAACAACACCGGAAGCUGCAAGGAUAUCAGAAAAUCUCUCUUUUUUCAAUGCUUGAAAUGGCAAUACAUUACACACAUUUAAUAUUUACAAAUAUUUCAAAGUAUAUUAAUAAACCUGGAUUUUUUAUUGAAGCCUUUUAUAAUUAGAAACAAACUGUAUAUUAUUCUCUCAUUCUGUUUGCAUCAAUGAACAUACUGUGUGUUGUGUGAAGCAUCAGCUUUUCUCUAUCUAUUUAAUUAUCAUUUGGUGCCUUAUUUGGCUUAAUUCUGGACCAAGUAUGUUUGGGUCUUCCAUUGAGCCUUUAUAUUGUUAACCAUUUACUACACUGAGCAAACUAUACCAACUGCAUCCAAUGAAAAAUGAAACAGUUGAUUGCUCCAGUAACACUUAUGAUGGGAUCAAUUGAUUACAAACAUUCUAUGAAUAUCUUAAUUCUGAGCAAUAACUAAUGUUUUUUUUUAAAUUGCUGUUAUAAAUAAAUUGCUGUUAUAUUACACUUUUGACAUAGUGCUGCUUUAUAAUAUAGUCUUAUAGUAUAUACUGGGAUUUGUAGUUUAAUAAUUUUAUUUGUAUUAUUAAGGUUUAUAUAUUGUUAAUAAUAGCCUAUAUCUCAUAUUUAAACACUACUACCAAUAUAUUUUAUUAUUAAUAAUAUAUAAAUGUUGUAUUAUUCUAGUAAUAGAGAAUAUUAACAGGAUCUUGUAGUUCACAACAUUUUUAUGAAACAUAAUACAACUUACAAAGGUGCACCAUACUGCUUAUUACUUCUAAUAACUGUAACUGAAUACAGCAGAAUUAAAAUGUUUGUGGAUUGCUUGUAAUCAAUUAGGAGUCUAGUAGCAUUUUCUACUUCAUUAAGCUAAAAGGCCUUUGCAACAAUACAUUUUAAGCAGCAUUAGACAUCUUGUUUUACUUAUUCUGUAUAAAACAAACCACCCAAAAGAUGCAUGACACUUCUUGUAAGUAUUCAAAAGUAACUCCAUUUGAUUGGGAACUGAAAUCAAAUGUAUUUUGAUUUUGAAAAUCAUUUUACUUUUGAAAUUGGUUAAUAAUUCCAGUUGCUAUAUGGACAAUGUAUGCCUCCAUAAUAAACUGAAUGCAGAGUCAUAUUUCUACUCAAGUAAUGUAUGACAGAAAAAAACAAACAAACAUGCUAUUGGGUACAAUAAACUCAGAAGUGAAAGUAAAAUCCCCCCAAAAGCUAGCUCCCCCUCUAACAGCCCCUGUAAUACUUGAGAAUGUUGGGAAACUGAAAGAAAUCUUGCAUUUAAAGUGAGUCCAACUUGUGUCCGAUUAAAAUUAAAAUGAAAAGUGGUAUGUGGUAUAAAUUAACUGAUUUUGUAUGUAGUAUCAAAUAAAUACGUAAAAUAAUCAAGUUUCUAUGGCCUUCUCCUGGAGGGGGAGAGAACUGGGAACAGCACAAUUACAUUUCCUUCUUUGUGUCUUGAUUUCAAUUUGUACUUUUCCUUGUAGACCUUUAACUGAAUCAAUGGAGCUCACAGACAUCCAUGAUCAACAGAAUGCGUGUUAGAAUUAUUUUCCAGUUGCAUUUUUAUUCUGCACCUUGUUGGUCUGGAGACUUUGUCAUAAGUGUCUUUACUACAUCUGAAAGCAAACAAUUAUGCUGUUAUAGUACAGGAUCAUUUAAAAUGAUCAAACAUUAGAAUUACUUUUUUUAAGACAGGAAUAAGACACCCACUCUUUACUGUAGCAUUAUUUGUUACGAAUUACGUUUUUAGCAUUCUGAGUUUUCCAAGAUGAACUACAGUAUGUGAAUUGUGCUGCUGAAGUUCCCUUUGAAGCACCCAGAAGAAACUGAUCAGUGUCCAGUGGUUUGUACACCACUUAAUUGCUGAAAUGUAGGUAGCGUAGAUUCUUGCUUAUAACUGCUGAAACUAUUUUGCUUGCUAAUCCAAUUUACUGGUAUAUGAAUUUGUUAUCAUUCUGGAAUGCUCUUUUACAACCUACCUGUAAAUCAUUUAUGGGUGUUAUUUGAGAAAAAGAAACAUUGGGUUGAGCAACAGCUAAUAUCAAUUUUAUAUUUCUUUAUAUAUAAAUAUCAGAACUAUAAUUUGACUCUAAGUAAAUCAUUAUAAUGGGACGUUUACCGACUCUGAAUAUUUGAAUCAAGGGAUUAAGUAUAAUGUUUUUAAAUUGUACUUGAAAGAUAAUUGUUUUUGUAUAUUGAGACCUGUUUAAUGU